UCCGCGAGGCAGUGACGCACUUGCAGCCAGCUGACCCUUGCAUGGCUGAAGAUGCAUCAGAGUAUCUCAACUCUGUCUGGAAAUCACUUUCCUCCCUAGUCCACUCUUCUUUUUUCUUUCAACACUUCACAAGCAAACGUGAACUCCUCUCCUACUUGAUGCUGUGUGCUGCCAAAAUGCCCUUCAUACCGCCAGUGUCCAUCGCACGCUCCGUGUCAGGACUCGCUGGGAAGGAGAGACCCACCAACAACACUUCAUCUGUAUCUGCUGUGACCAAAGCUUUGAAAGAAGACAAAGGUGGCUCAGUGAAGGAGAGGCUGGCUUUGAACUUGAAACAGCUGGGGAAGAAGAGUCAGCCCAGGAGUAAUCUGCCAACAAUUAAAGGAGUGUCAGGGGCAAACAGAAGGGAAGGCUCGCUCCCUUCAUCCCAGACAGGCAGCUCUCCUGUCACCAGCUCAGAGAGUCUGUCUAAAAGACAGCAGCACAAACACUCCGGUCAGACUUCUGUAAAGAGUGACUCACAGGUGAAGCCUGUGAGAACCAAGGAUCAGCAGGAGGUCCGUUUCACUCUGACUCUCACACCCGAGGCUGUCCUCCUGCUGCAGCGGAGAAACAGCGAGAGACACCGGCAACGUUCAGUCGCCAGAAAUCCCGCGAGUGGAUCCACCUUGGCUCCCGGAGGAGCCACGGAGUCCCGACACAGGAGGGAAAACGUGCCCAAAAGGCAGAGAAACGGCUCUCACAGCGGCAGAGUCCUCGCUAAAAACAGCACUGACGCUGAGCUCCGAGACAUAAACUCAAUUCUGAAAAUCUCCCUUUUGAAUGAGCGGCACAAGUACGACGACGUGGAGUACGAGGAAGAGGAGAACUACGGCGUGGAUGAGCGCGUGAUGCUCAAAUGUACAGAGUGGCUACGUGGGCUGGAAAACGCACCAAUGACGGCGGGGAACAGGCUGAGUCGGAGCGCGAGCAGCGUGAAAAGUUUCUGAAGGUGACUGGA